CACGCGAGUCGUUUCGUCGGAGUUCGAACCUACGGUUUUGCGCCGUGACGGUCCCGUCGCACGUUGCGACGUCGAGUUGGGCGCGUCGGGCCCGAGUUCCGCGAGUGAGUGCAACUGCUGUGCGUGGAUUACGAGGAGUAGCGGGAGAGCGGCGCGAGUUCGAAACUCGGGCGCGCGCGCUACGGGAACCCGGGACGCCCCUGCAUCUUGGCGGUGAGGCCUAGAGGGGAAGAUGAUGGCCAUCGCGUCCCGGUCUCAUCGUCGAUCGCUGGAUCUCGAUCUCGACGACUCCUCGUAGACCCGGAGGAAGCGAUCUCGGUGAUGCUGUGGACCUCCCGCGAAGAAGUCCCGAAUCUCGAGAAGGACGUCGCGGUGGUCCCGGUCGACGGGAAAUCGGGAGUUCGGCAAACGAGGCUUCGGGAAGCUCGAAAGCGACGGAGAGGUCUCGAGGAGCAUGGCCGGCUCGCCCUGAUCGAGGCCAACCUCCUCGGCCGAGGUGGACGCGAAACGCGCGAUGCCACCGGAAGUCUGCACCUACGAGCCACUCCACGUAAUUAGAUAGCCCGCUCGUAACUAUUAUGACGGAAUAUCUGGAUCCGCACUUCGUCCGGGCACUCUGUCGCGAUCCAGACAGACGAACGCUUCAGGACCUGCAGAUCAUUUACUACGGAUUGCUGGGACUGGAAGCCCUCAGGCCUUGUCGGGACUCCGUUCUUCGCGGGCUUUGCAAGAUCGUGCGCUACGAGAGGCACAAUGCCAACCACGUGCUCUACUACACCGGCGAGCUGGCCACCAGCUGGUACAUCUUGCUCUCCGGCUCCGUAUUCAUCGACGGGUCCAUGUUUCUACCCCGCUCAAGCUUCGGCAAGCGGACGGGCGGGAGCGCCAGGAGACCCAACGAAUGCUUCGUCCUGGAGCCCUCCGAGAUGAUCGUUAUCGAGUACCCGGAAGUGCACGGAGGUGGAAGGAUGCAUCGACCUCCACACCCUCAUCCCAUCACGGACCACCGUCAGGUGAACCUGGUCUUCGACGACACGUUUUCACAGGGCCUGACGGGCAGGCCGGAGCUGUAUCAGAAAUCCAACAGAAGCAGCCACUCGAGCGACACGAGUUCUGCCUACAGCGGCUCCGACAACAUGACGCCUGUACAGAGUUCCUUGGACGCGGACGCCGACGAGGUCGAUCUUUCAGGUCUCGUCGAGUCCAUAGUGGACAGCGACGAGGAGGAAGAUCUUGCAGAAAGCAUGGACAGCCUGAAUGUUCGAGAUACUGUACGGGAGUGUCUGGAGAAGGACCCUGUCGAGAGGACUGAAGAUGACAUCGAAAUACUCCUCGAAUUCACGCAACAUCUGAAGGCCUUUACGAAUAUGACUUUGGCAGUGAGAAGAGCAUUGUGUGCAGUCAUGGUCUUCGCGGUAGUUGAACGUGCAGGGAUGGUCGUUUUGAAUGACGGAGAAGAGCUAGAUAGUUGGAGCGUACUCAUUAACGGGGCUGUGGAGGUUGAACACAGUAACGGUGAGGUCGAACAGCUGCACUUGGGCGAUAGCUUUGGAAUCCUCCCUACCAUGGAGAGGCUACUGCAUCGAGGUGUUAUGCGAACCAAAUGCGACGACUGUCAGUUCGUUUGCGUAACACAAGCGGACUACUUCAGAAUCCAGCACCAAGGCGAGGAGAACACAAGGCGGCACGAGGAAAACGGGCGGGUAAUUUUAGUAACCGAAUUGCGAGGUUCCUUGGACGGCACAACACGCCGGGGUCACGUGGUGAUACGAGGAACGCCGGAACGCUUGAUGUUACAACUGAUCGAAGAGAACAGCGUGAUGGAUCUCACGUACGUCGAGGACUUCCUGCUGACGCAUCGGACUUUCAUUGACAGUCCGCUCCUGGUCGCGAGUCAGCUGUUGGAGUGGUUCGAACAGGCGCAAGUUAGGGAUCGCGUGGCCAGAGUCGUCCUCCUCUGGGUGAACAAUCAUUUUACGGAUUUCGAGACGGAUCCGGCAAUGAUGGAGUUUCUGGAGGCUUUCGAGGCAGGUCUCGAGAGAGAGAAAAUGCUCGGUCAGCAAAGAUUAUUAAAUAUUGCCUGCGCGGCGAAAGCGAGGACACGAAACGUGACUCUGGCGAGGCCCAGUAGAGACGAGGUCUUGCACUUCAGUAUCCUCGGAGGCUUCGAGAGGGGUUAUGGUAUCUUUAUUUCGAAAGUCGACAAACGCUCGAAAGCGGAGGACGUCGGCCUGAAACGGGGGGAUCAAAUUCUCGAAGUGAACGGGCAGAGCUUCGAUCACGUGAAUCAUGCCAGGGCACUCGAGAUCCUCAGGGGCUCAACCCAUCUCAGCAUUACCGUCAAGUCUAAUCUUUUCGCUUUUAAGGAAAUGUUACAAAUGCCGGACAAUUCGCCUAGGCCACGGGGACGAAUAAACAAACCGGAGAUUCCCAGGUUACCGACGGAUCCACGUGCAAGAUUAUCGACGCACGUGGAUCCUUUAACUCCGGUUAACUCGACGAUCAAUCCCCUGGUGGGUGGAGUACCCUUGUUGACUCCUGACAGCAACGUCUCUCCCUGCAAAGAUGCGAAAAAGGACCACAAGGGCUUUAUGACUUUGGGCCCUAAAAGGAGGUUACAGAAGGCACUGAUGAAGAUGAAUAUAUUGCCAAAGAAUACGAUCAACGAUGGUGUACAUAUGGACGACCCUCUAGCACCUCCGCACACGCCGCCUGGAACAGGGCUCGCACAAACGACUAAUCUUUAUCAUUCGAGGAGCAAUCCUGACCUCACCUCGCUUUACUGCUACGAUGACCUCCGUGCCUCCGAUUAUCCAGAACACGUCCUUAAAGUUUACAAGGCAGAUCAGACUUGCAAGUACCUACUCGUGCACAAAGAGACGACGGCACAUGAGGUAGUAAUGCUCGCGCUCCAGGAAUUCGGAAUAACGGAGAGCAGUUCGAAUUUCUCUCUGGCGGAGGUCAGCGUCGGCGAAGGCGGAAUGAUCAAACAGCGUAGGUUGCCGGAUCAGCUGCAAAAUUUAGCGGAGAGAAUCGGCUUGUGUUCGCGUUACUAUCUUAAGACUAACGGCGUUUCCGAGACAUUAGUAGCAGAUGAACAAGCGCCCGAGCUUAUUCGCGAGUCGCAAGUUCACUUCCUGCAGCUUAACGCGGUCGAAGUUGCGAUUCAGUUGACUCUUCAAGAUUUCAGCAUAUUUAGACAAAUCGAAUCUACAGAAUACGUGGACGACUUGUUUGAGUUGAAGAGUAGGUAUGGCGUACCCAUGCUCAGCCAGUUUGCUGAACUAGUCAAUAGGGAGAUGUUCUGGGUUGUGACGGAGGUUUGCUCGGAACAUAACCUCGUGAGGAGGAGCAAAAUUAUUAAGCAAUUCAUCAAAAUAGCGCGUCAAUGUAAGGAGUGUAAAAAUUUCAACUCGAUGUUUGCUAUUGUCUCCGGCUUGGGUCAUGGCGCUGUAUCGAGGCUGAGAGCGUCUUGGGAAAAAUUGCCAAGCAAGUACCAGAGGUUAUUUAGCGAUCUUCAAGAACUCAUGGAUCCCAGUCGAAACAUGAGCAAGUAUCGCCAACUAGUUGCGUCCGAGCAAACUCAGCCACCUAUCAUUCCUUUUUAUCCUGUGGUUAAGAAGGAUCUCACGUUUAUCCAUUUGGGUAAUGACUCGAGGGUAGAAAACUUGGUGAACUUUGAGAAACUUCGCAUGAUUGCUAAGGAAAUUAGAACAUUGACCAACAUGUGUUCUUCGUCAUACGACUUAGUGACUAUGUCGGAGAGAAGUAGUCAGCCACCUAGUUCCGCGAUGAUCGCCUUAAAUCAGAUGACUACGGGGAAUCAAGGUGGACAAACUGCGACUGUUAAAAGGCGUAAAAAGUCUACAGCUGCUCCAAACCCGAAGAAGAUGUUUGAAGAAGCGCAGAUGGUGAGGCGGGUGAAAGCGUAUCUUGCAAACAUGAAGGUGAUUACGGACGAAGAGCGAUUGCACGCCCUCUCCGUAGAAUGCGAGCCACAUGCAGGAGCUGUCGCAAUGGCAGCUGCGGUGCCACUAAGUGGAAGUCGAGGAAGGAGACACCCCUCGCCAACGUUAUCCACGACUAGUAGCGCGAGCAGUACCAGCGAAGGAAGGAAAAGUAUACAAGGUACGAAAUUUGGAGCAGCGUCGCCUCAAGCAGUGAGGAAGAUGCUCGCCUUGUCCGAUCCUCACAAAACUCGACCUUACCAACCUAAGCACUGUCCACCCCCGCUCCCCGUCCCCGGGCUCGCUUUGCACUCCACCGGUUUGGAGCCGAGCCCUGGAGCACCUCGAAGAGUUGGCUCCGGUAGCAGAGUCCCAAUGCAUGAACGGUCUCACAGCGACACUCCUUCAGGACUUCCUCCUCCUGUGGAUCUUAGCGCCGAGAGCAGCAGCGUGACCAGUCUAAGUAACCUCCAGCCGUUACGAAAGACCCUGACGAGUGGUUCGGUGACGAGCAGUGACAGCGGUCACAGCACGCAAUUGGACAGCCAUAGCGGGAGCAGCGUCGAGGCCGGUGGAAGUCCUCCGCCUCCUCAGAGACGGCACUCCGGCAUGCAAGGGUCAGUUAUGAGGGGUGGAGUCCCCCCGUUCCCCCACGCGGUAGCAGUGUUGCCUCCGCUUCCUGCCAACCACAAUCAGAAUCACAACCACCACAACCAUCUUCAUCAUCACCAACACCACCACCACUAUCAUCACCACCACCAACCCCAACCUCCUCAAGGUCCUACCGGGAUGGGAGUCGGAUUGGGAAUGGGCCUCUCAGGGAUCCAGCUGCCGCCCGGAGGAACUACGACUGUUUUAACGACGAUGACGACUACGACCAUGACGAUGACGAGUGCUCGACCAGGCGGAGUCGCGCACUGUCGUCAGCCUCCGGCCUACAAGGUGGCCGCGCAGAUGGCGAGGCUCCACAGGCUCGGCCGCGCUCACAGUCACGAGGGAGUGACCUACCGCAACGACCACGAGGAUGACGACGACGACGCCCAAGUAUCAGCAGUUUAAGUCUUCCCGGUCACCGAGCAACGACUCCAGGACGAUUUUAGUUAAUUCCCCAGAACCACGAGAUACUCUCCUGCGUUAAUUUGAGAACAUCCCCCGAAAGUACCGCCUUCGAAAGUAUUAUCGCCGCAUACGAAAAGACGCCGACUGACGUGUGUGCACUGGGAGACAUCAAUGCCCUCCCAUCUUGCACAGGCGAUGCCGUACCUGCAGGGGAGGCGUUCAUGUCCGCCAUUGUACGUAGAGACGUGCCGUUUUAGUUAAGACGUUGGCGUGAUAACGCUAACCGAUUGCGAUAAGAAGCGCGGCAUGAACCACGCGACUCCCUCGCGGGGAGAUGUCCUUUAAGAGUUGGAUCCGGUAAUCCGGGAAACGGAGGUAAUUGCUUGCCAAUUUCCUGGGAACAUUCAAUUACGUCGCCAUGGGACCCUCCGUACUGUCCUAGGUGGAGGAAAAACGGAGAUCUCGAGGGGAAAGCACACCGGAGUAAUCGGGGAGAUAAAGAGAAAACCGGCGAAGUGAUUUCGCUGUUUAUUCGCUCUACCGCCAACGGCCGAACGUUAAAUCCUCCCGAAAAAAAGGACGAGCGAGUAAUACCUUCUCUAAACGUGUAAUAAAUCGAGCCCAAAGAUGUUAUAUACUGUGUACCGCCUAGCGAACGGCGUUUGUAUUAUAUUAAUUUUAGGUUAGCCUCUGAAAAGCUCCGUAGCCUGUAAGUUGGUGUAAAUAGUGUGUAGCGCCUUAUGAGUUCUUAGACACGAGGACGAGGAGAGUGGAUCUAUUAUGUUUUAGGCUUACAGGCUCGCGUAAUCGCCCUGCGUCAAGAACGUCGAUUUUACGAUUCAACUUUACGAGACGAGCUCGUUCUUGACGCCUCCUGGGGAUUAAUUCGAUGGAAAGACAUUGUUAAAGUAUAUGCAAACAGCUAGACGCUGCCAUCAAUGUCGCCGACAGGAUGAGCGAACUCUUUUAAUUAUUUAUAUUCCUAGGUUUUUCUUCCUUUUUUUUUUUUUUUUCUUUGGGUACGUCAGUACGUAUUUUUUAUAUCUCCUUUUAUCGCGCGCGGGGGUGUAACGCAGCGAAUACAAAUGUGCCCGACAUGAUGUCAAUCAGGAUUUUCCUUUUUAUGGUUUUUCCCUUUACUAGAACUCGGUGAAGGUAAAAGAGUCAAAUGCCGACAUAGGGUUUUUCUAAGACACAUCGAGUUCACUUAGUUGUUCACGACAGGGUUCACUGUCUUCGCAAAACGCUGAUCGGCACGAGGGAACGUAGAACAACAGUGAAGUCGCAUAUUAAUUAAUAGUUUGCUCUCGGGCCGACGUUUCGUAUCUUCAAGAUGCCUUUAUUUCAUGCACACGAAUUCACUGUAUUCAAAUGGAAAUGAUUAAGUAACGCUGCUUUUUAAAAAUGUUCAAGUAGACGAAGAUUGACACCACAAGAACCGAAUUACGUAAAGCGUUUCAUACAAUCAGAAGGAAUGAACAAUGGUUUUAACGUUUAAGAAGCAGGGUGAAACUACUCGCGAUACUGAUGACUAACUUUUGUAUUCUCUUUUACUUUUAAUCCGAAUUGCUUUCUUUUAAGCUAAGGAGCGAAAAGUAGCUCCUCAAAUUCAAGCAAACUGCAUGCACAGUGCAAAUCGUAUUACCUUAUUCAGUUGUUCUUAUCGAUACGGGGUGACAAAAAUGUUGCAUUCGUUUUCUUUGAGGAUUCUCCUAUCGCUCAUUGACAGAGGUUCAAGCGCCUAGCUUUAAAGGGCCCUGCUCGGUUUACCGAGCAGAAGAAUUCAGCUUUUCCUCCCAGUAAAGGAUAAAAUCAAAUUGAGGCUUUUAGUAUUUAUUUAAUAAUAUUUAAGGAAUAUUUUACAUAUAUAUCUAUUUUUUUUUAAUACGUUUAAUAUUUCCGACAUCUGCAGGAUAACAUAGAUUGAUGAAAUCCCCCGUUUGAAGCACGUUAUGUUUGGGAAAAAAAGAUGCGUUUAAAGCUCGAAGCUAAGUUUUCAUAUACGUUUAUGAGAGAAAUCCUUCCUGAUCUCCGUGUUGCUUCAUUGACGAAAAGGGAGAAAAGUUGAAUUUUGUUUCCCCAUCUAAAUCAAGCAGGGCCCUUAAUGCAGACUUUAUCCAUUAGCGGUAUUUAAGGGGAUGUGAAAGUGGCAUCUGGGGGUCGAUCGUCAACGAAACUUUGCGUUGAACAAAAGGUGUACCGAAUUGAUAGAAAAUUUCCACCAUGAAUGUGGAGUCUAUGAAGGAGGUCCUGACACUCGUGGGACUUCGUUUCUUAUAGAAAAUUUUAGAAAUACCAAAACAAAUUGAAUAGUAAUUGUAAUUUCAUGGGUGUCGGGAGCUUCCUUACAGUCUCCGUAUUUAGGUUGUAAAGCGUGAGACAAUUCGAUAAACCCAGUUAGGAGAAAAGCUUCAUAUAGGAAAACUCUUCAGGGCCACUUUCACAUCACCUUAAGGGCGGAGAAAUUCACGAUAGAGCGAGCCUGCCUGUAUACGAUGGAUCGUGCAAAAGGGCCUAACCGGGGCACCACUCCUUCCCGAAAUCCACCGAGAAUGUCAACGAUUCGUCGAGGCUCGGACUGAAGGUCUCGGAAAAGAAGAUAGCUCUCGAUCGAUUUCACCAAAUCGACCCUCAGAUUUCCUUCCUCUCUUCAUCUACCCGUUCUAUGAACUCGCGGGGUCAUUUGAAGAAGGGAAUUCGACUGGCCGGUCGAAGACUUAGAGUCUCGUAGUCUCGCCGAUGUCCCUUGACAAGCCUCUGCCAAUCCUCGAGGAAUCGACAUCUCGAAGUCGGGGAUUUCUACGGCGAUUCCCUCGGGGUUGUUAGACUCCCGCGUAUAUAUAUCUCCUUGUACAUAUCCGAUUACCUUUUAACUAAUAAUCUACUCUUGCGAAAAUGAUGUUCUUCAUCGUGACGAUCCUCGUCGCCACUGUCGUCCCAUCGCGUUGGAUCUUAAGGAAAAGACUACUAACCCUUCCCUUUGUUGCGAGGUGAUAACGACUGCAAUGAUGGCUUUACUUCUCCUUUAUGGGGACUCGUACCUAUUGCCGAUGAUAAAGAUACCCAGUCUUCAUAUGGAUACAGAAAGGGAAUUAAUUUAAAUACAGCUUUACCGUCUUAUUGACCAUACUUUUAAGUAUACAUUGACAUAAUUAUUUGUCGUUUUACAUGAUAAUAUUUGUUGCGUUGAAGAAAACCGUAUUUUGGCGUACAUUGUUGGAAGUUUUCAGAGUAGAUAUUCCGCCUUUAGAAGAGGGAUCGUAACGAGUACCUCCUCAGAAAUGACCAUUUUCAUUAAUUUCUGAUACCAUUCAAUAAUCAUUUAAAAAAAAGUCAAUUCGUUAUCAUAAAAAAAAUGGCAACAAAACAUUACAGGAUAAUUAGAAGUUUGAGUAUUUUUCUUUCCGGAUAGUUGUCAGGGGUUAUUUAUACAGCCACAUAUUCCAUCAACGUCUACGCGAAAUAUCAACAAUUCGGAAAUAAAUCCUGAGAUGUCUUGCGAUAAAAAGCACCCAAGAGUGGUACUCUUUGGAAGAUGACUAAGUGUCAAAGUAGCUUUUUAUGUAAAAUAAUGACGUUUACCUAAUUAUCAAAAUGUUUAAACCGUGUUUACAUGUCGCGUUUAUUUCUUGUACCUGUCGGAAGGACCGGUAUUCUUAACAAAGUCAAUGGAUACGAGCCCUCGAAUUAUACGUUUUACCAGUCAAGCAUCGCGAGAUAUAUACCGUUCAUUCCAGGUGCAUUUAACGAGAUUCGACGAUGGGGAAGGAAACGCGAAGAUCCGCUGCGUUUCUCUUCCGUGUACUCUAGGCUAUCUUACGUAACGUUUGUAAAUUACUCCCCGUUUUCUUUUUUCUUUUUUUUUUUCACAUCGGCGCAAAUCACUCCAGGCCCAUCCCGCGAUCGUCUCCCCGGAAUAUCUGUCAGUCUCCGCCUGUAUAUUCACGAGUUCUUCCCUUCGGUCCCCUUUCACGGCGUUUCCAUGUAACGAUUCGUUUUCUAUCCCACCGCCGUCUCUACUCUUACGCCGAGAGAUUCGGCCCUGGGGUCGGAAAUUGCGAAAAAAUGCAGUAUUCAAUGUCAAGACGUCUCCCCACUCGUGUAUAUGACCAUUCGUCGAAUUCCCGCUGAUAAGGUGCGCUCUAAUCGCUCGUGGACCGAGCCAAACUCUGCCGAAAGCUUUCCGAAUAGAGAAUAGAAAAAGAGACGCUGGUUGGGACACGAUACCGAUUUCUAAUCGAACACGAAGUGGGGUUCCCCCCAUUCUUCCUUCACGUCCACCCGUGCAAGCGCCUGGAUUAUUCGACAGAGGCGUGUCAACGACGAAAGUAGAAAAGACAAAGUACAAUGGAGCCCUCGUUAAGUGGACCAUCGAGUUCGUUUUAGACUAAAUUAAUCGCCAUUAGCCUUGCGUCGCGUACAAAGCAAAGACUCCGUAUUUUUUUUCUUCUUUUUUUCUAUCGUAUUCCUCCCGAUGGAGAGGCGCGUUCUCCAAAGGUGAUCUCGACGUUUCCGUCGCGAGUCCAUUUCCGUAUUUAUAACCGUUCCCGUCGUUUUAAUUAUUUAUAUAGGACUCCCCCGGGAGCGAGCGGGAGAAAAUCCAGAGAGAGAGAGAGAGAGAGAGAUGUCACGACGAAGGAAGGGAAACGGCUAAGCGCACCACCAUUCUUAACCGACGGCAGAGAUAGAUUUGUAUUUAAUUUUGUUUAAUAAAAAAAGAAGAAAAAGAAGAAAAAGAAAAAUUCGAGAGAAGGCAUAGUACAACAAGCUGGGAGAUUCGCUCGAGGACGAUGCAUGCUUCGAUAUCGCUCUCGCGAUUAUGCUCCUUUUUCUGGACGGGCCGCAAACGCGUGGGAGCUAAAACCACUGUUACGUCGAUUCUUCUACACCGGAAGACCGUUUAGUUUCCUAAUUAUUCUCGAAAGUCCCGAGGCCGAACUACGGGCGUUCGUUUAACAUUAAUCGCGUAGCUAUAUCGAAAGGAACUGCGACGAUUCCUCAGAAGAGACUACUAUUUUGUACGAUAUAUAAACGACCUUUUGUACAUUUUCGUCCGCUAAGAACGUAUAGGAAGCUGCAGUCUAGGUCGGGCUAAAUUAUACGGCGCUGUAACGAAAACGUGUUAACUCUCCCCUUAGUAGUCUAAUAGUCGAGGCGCCAUUUGUAUCACCACAGGGCCGACCUUAUCGCCGAGAUUUGGAAUUCCCUUUCGAGUCGAGGCUUUUUUUUUUACUGAUAACGUUUUCGGCUGGUUACGCCGGGCACCACUAGUGUAGAGUAUUACCAAUGAACACUGGGAGACAUCAAUGCCCUCCCGUCCUGCACAGGCGAUGUCGUAUCUGCAGGGGAGGCAUUCAU